AUGAAUAUUUUGGUUCUGGUGCUAAAAUGCAUGUUAAUUGCGACAAUCACUGCGGAGGAGAAGAAAACCGUAAAAAGAGGUUUGGGAUUAGGCUACGGGUUUGGUGAACACGGGGGCGAUUUUGGUUAUCACGGAUCAUUUGACGGCGGACACUUUGAUGGACACCACGAACCAAUCCAUACCCAUACAGUUUACAAGAAGGUUCCGUAUGCUGUGCCAUAUCCCGUACCACACACCGUAACAAAACCGUACCCUGUACACUACCCCGUUAAGGUUCCGGUUGAAAUUCCCAAACCGUACAAAGUGCCUGUACCUAAACCCUAUCCUGUUACGAUAACGAAACCUUAUCCUGUCGUAGUUAAAAAACCAGUACCCUAUACCGUUAAGGUUCCAGUAAAAGUACCCGUUGCCGUACCCCAUCCGGUAACUAUACCCAAGCCAUAUCCCGUCACGGUUCACGAUCCGUACCCUGUAAAGGUACCCUACCCGGUGGUUGUUGAAAAGAAGAUACCUGUUGUACUACACGAUCACCACGACUUCGGCCUAGGGCAUGGUUUAGGGUAUAAAUUUUAA